AUGUCUAAUUUCUUCACAGAUAUUGCUAAUGAAUCAAGACCACUAUUGCCAUUUGUUAAAGAAUCAAGAACUCUUAACCAAAUUGACUAUAACAAUAAUCAGACGGAGGAGAUUGAUACUACUACCACUUCAGAAUAUUCAACUUCGUUUGAUCAGACUGAAGAUGACACGUCCCAUAGAGAAACAGAAAACACAUCCAUUGAUGCUAGAGAUUUAAAGACAGCCAAGGAACUGAAUAUCAAGUUAGAGGAUCAAGCAUUGCAUCAGCCACAGAAGAAAGUUGUCCCAAGAUUAUUUUCAAGAAAACCAUUGGGUACCCCAAUAAUCACCAGAAAUGCAGAUUUGAAUUCGAGAAUAGCAACUAGCAAGGAGAAGCCACGCUUGUCAUUUUCUGCCUCGAGAAACCUGCAGCUAUCUCCACUGUUAGACAAAGCUGCUUCUAAUGAUACUCUUUCAGAGACUUAUGGGGAGUUGAUUAGAAAGCUAGAAAACGUGAAUGCUAACUUAUUAGGUGAACUAAAAAAUUCUAAAUAUCAGACUUCCAAAAAGGAAGAGGAAAUCGAGAAACUAAACACCCAACUUAAGCAAAAAGAAGAAUUGUACUGCAGAAGGGAAGACGAGUUAGCUGAUGCUAAACAAAAGAACUCUUCACUUAAGAGCAGUUUUGCUGCCACACUCGAGAAGUUGGGAACUCUUGGAUCAGAAUUUGCAAAAUUGAACGAAGAAAAGAUACAGCAAGACGCUAGAUUAAAAGAUAUAAACCGAGAACUCCAAUUAAUCCAAGAAAAGAAUGAAAAGAUUUCCAGGACCGUUGGUGAUGCCAAUACUAAACUUGCCAUUUUCAAAGCUCUUUCUGUUCAGAGUAAACAUGAAAUUGAAAAGCAACAAAUAGUUAUAAAAAAUUUGGAAAGAAAUCUCGAUGAAACGUCUGGUAACCUUUCGGAGGAAAAAAUUCAAGUUGCAAAAUUGCAGCAAAAAAUGAAUGAAAAGGAAGGAAAUGAAUUGAAAUUUCUUGCACUUCAAAAGGAUUUAAUGUCUGGGAUUUUCUCACAGAUUAGCACUCUCUUUAAAGAGUCUCAAGGUGAGACUUUGAAUAAAAUAAAUUCACUUCAAAAUGACAAUGCGCAAGUAGUUUCAAGUUGUAUUGAAGGAUAUUUAGAUCAAUCAGAAAAAUCCGUUACCGCAGUAAUUCAAAAAGGUAUAUCCUCCAUAGAAGAUCUCCUCAUAGCAAACAAAAAGGGGAAUACCAAGGAAAUGACUGAAUUGAUGGAGAAAAUGGAACUUGGGAUAAAGGGAAAUACAGAAAACACAUUUAAUUAUCUAGAAGAAUUAAAUUUGUAG